UGUACAACAUAUGUUUUAAUAUAAAUUGGCCAUUUAAUAACAGCAUUCUCGGCAGCUUAUUGUCAUAUUCUAUCUAUUUCCAUUUUGUUCAGCAAAAGGUUUAUUAGAAGACGUGUUUCAUCAUGCGGUUCUUGCUUCAGUUACUUAUUGUUACAGGAAUUCUGUUUAAUACACUCAUGUCAUGUGACAAUGCCAGCUCAUGCAAAAAGCCAGGAAAUAUUGUAUUUGUUGUGGAUGGUUCUGACAGAAUAACUGACGAAGAAUUUAUAAAAAUGAAGAUAUUCGUAACUAAUCUGAUCGAUAACUUUGAGAUUACUCCAGAUGCAACAAAUGUGGGUUUAGUUGUUUAUGGUCCAAUUGUUGGUGAUAUCAUCAGUCUUUUUCCGUAUAAGAACAAACUGUUGCUGAAAACAUUGGUUUAUGAUCUACAACAACCUAAAUCUGGCGCUAAUGCGGCAGCGGGAAUCGAUGCUGCACGUAAGAUGAUUUCUCAACUUGGGAGAAAGACUGUUCCAAAUAUAAUGGUUGUCAUAAGUAACGGGCGUUCAACCAAUCCAUGGACGAUAUUUCAGGCACGUGUCGCCAAACUCAAUGGUAUUAAGAUCUUAGCAAUUGGUUUUGGUCAGGACACAAACGUGGGCGAAUUAAAUCUGAUCGCCAGUAGUCCAAAUUAUGUGUUUGUGAUGGAAAAUGUGACAGCACUUGCCAAUACUGAGAGUGUUACAAGACAAAUAAUUUGUUCUACGUAAAUAGGAGGGACUCCGGAGUACUGAGCGACACAUAUUGCCGCUGGGUGUGGAAAAUUGUCAUCCACCUUGCUAACUCUUUUAAAUUGUGUUUACAAAUUAAAAUUCAAUUCUGCAUAUAAUGAUUUUAUUUCCUUACAAAAUGUAAACCAUGUUUCAAUCUAAGCUAUAUACGUUAUAAAUAACUCGUCAAUUGUGUCGUUUGUGGCUCAGAAUGUUGACAAAUAUUGCUGCAAAUCGAUGGUAC